AUGGAGGGCGCGUAUACGCCGGAAGAUCUUUUGUCGCCCUCCAAACGGCCGCGUUCUAGUUUGAGUGAAUCUAAUAAGCGUAAAGAAAUGGUUAAUAUUGCAGAGGAAUCGGCAGAUAUAGCGGCAAAUAUAGAUUCAUCUUUGUGUAUGCAUGAUUCGGCGGGUAGAAUGGAGGUAGGAGGCGCAUAUAUGACGCAUAUAUCCCGUGAAAAUGAGGUGAAAGAGAUGCAGAAUGUUCAGGGAGAGCGUAUAACGCGUAGUAUGCGUUCUUCUUUGUUAAAUCCGACAAGUACAUAUAAUACAUAUGAUACAUUGAAUUGUAUGAAUUCAAUGAAAGGCGCAUAUACAACGCAUAUAGCCCGACAAAUGGGUAAUUCAGAGGCACCGCGUUCAGGGAUUGGUAGUGGUAUGCCGUAUAAUGUACCAAAUACGUUUUCAGCGGAAUUAAAUGAUAUUAUUAAUGCUAACAUUGUAUCUGGGGAAUCUAGUAAAGUAUAUUGUAAGAAAAAAACAGAGGAAAACAAGGGAAAGAUACAUGAAAAUCUAUAUGAUCCAGCGAUAAAUUUGUAUUCGGAAAAUGUGGUUAUUGAGACGCCAUUUUCACCGAAUUUGAAGGAUUUGUUUGAGAAUAGUGAAACAAGAAAUAAAUUGGAUAAAGAUUGCCCUAGUUGGAGUGUGCAAAAGGCGAUUAUAGAGCCUUUACUUGCGAAAUUUAUUGAUGAUGUAUCUUUUUGUAUAGAAGCUUUAUGGAUGAUGAAUUAUCUUAAUUUUCUUGAACAAGGACAUCAAGAAACAAUUGGACCUAUCGAUCAAACGAGUUUAGUGGAAGGAAAUGAAUUGAAACAUGGAGUUAUUGAGGGUAAGGAUUAUGUAUUGGUAUCUGGUGAAGUAUGGAAGUAUCUUUCUCUUUGGUAUGGUGUUAAAGGAUAUGCCAUUAGGAAAACGGUGACAGGGGUACAUGUAGAUUUAGAGGAAAAUAAUGAUGUAAAAGCAACGACUGCAGCAGUAACAGCAGCAACGACAGCACCAACAGCAGCACCAACAGCACCAGCAGCAAUAGAUAUAACAACAUCAGGAAUAUCGGAAAAAGAGUUAACCCUUGAUACUGAUGUGUGUUUAUACACUUUUCGAUUAGUUCAAAUGAGAACAAAUAAAGAAGAAAUACCAAAUGAUAGUAGUGAAGAUACUAUAGCAUUAGAAGCACCCUCUCCUAAUAGUGCGACAGCUGGAAAUCUUUCUGAUUAUUCCACAGUUAUAACGAAUUUGGGAACAUCAGAGGAUGCAUUAGAUGAUGAUUCAGGACCUCCUUCAUCAGAAAAUAUACUAAUAUCGGAAAAAGUAUCCAUAGAUGAGAUAAUGCCUAUUGAAUCAUCUGUAACAUCUCCUGUUGAUGUUUUAGCAACGCAAAUUACAAUAAAUGGCAAUGCAACUAUAAGUAGUUUGUUACAAAUUAUUAAGCAGACAUUGGGACUUGCGUCUAUGCAACCAAUUCGAUUAUGGCAUGAGGGGAAAUCAAUUAUAACGCCUUGGAUGACUUUAUCAUUAGAAAUGACAGUUAAAGCUCUUGAAUUGCCAUUAUUUUCGGAACUUGUUGUUGAAACAACGGAUAUUGCAUCUUUUCAAGGAUAUGCACCUUCAUUAACAUCAUUUCCUGAUGCUGAUUAUAAGAAACAAGAAGAUUUUAAGCAAACAAAUUCAUUUGGUAAAUCAUCGAAAUUAAAAGCAAUUGGUUUGCAAAACCUUGGUAAUAGUUGUUAUAUGAAUGCUGCAUUACAAUGUCUUAUGCAUACAUCGGAAUUAACAACAUAUUUUCUUUCUGGUGUUUAUCAUUCUGAAAUAAAUUCGACUAAUCCAUUAGGAACGGGCGGGCAAAUAGCAAAAUCAUAUGCGACUUUAUUAAACAAUUUAGUACAUGCUACAACAUCUUUUUCACCAAAAGCCUUUAAGAAUUGUAUCGGACGUUUUAAUCCUUCGUUUGCAGGAUACGCACAGCAAGAUAGUCAGGAAUUACUUGCUUUUUUGCUUGAUGGAAUGCAUGAAGAUCUUAAUCGUAUUAAAAGGAAACCUUAUUUUGAAAAACCAACACUUGGCGAUAUAAAUGAUGCGUUAAUUGCGAAAACGGCAGAUGUUUGCUGGCAACUUCAUCGAAAACGAAAUGAUUCGGUUAUUGUAGAUUUGUUUCAUGGGUUAUAUAAAAGUGUUUUGGUUUGUCCAGUUUGUGAUCAGGUAUCAAUUACAUUUGAUCCAUUUAUGGAUCUCACUUUACCGCUACCAUUUAAAAAUCGAUGGACUUAUCCUGUAACAGUUGUACCUUCAGAUAUUAAUAAAAAACAAAUUCAUAUAACCGUGGAAUUGGAUGCAUCAUCAACAAUUGCUUCAAUGAAAGCCUAUGUUGCAUCUAAACUUAGCAUGGAUCCACAUGCAUUGAUUUCAUCAGAAAUUUAUGCAUAUAAAUUUUAUAGGCAUCACUCAGACACUAGCAUUGUCAGUACACAAUUAUCACCUCAUGAUCAAGUCUAUCUUUAUGAAAUGCCAUGUUCUAUAUCAGAUUUUGUAACAAAUCGAUCUAAAAUUAUUAUACCUAUUUUUCAUCAAAGAAUAGAGAAAUUAUAUCAUCAUCCAGUUGCAUUCGGUAUACCCUUUUUUAUUCUUUUAACACAUGAAGAGGCAUGUUCUUAUGAUGUUAUUCUUAAAAAAAUUGCUGAAAAAUAUAAACAAUUUGUUGGUUCAAAAAAAGUAUCACUGGUUCAAACACAAGAAAUGACUCAAACAGAUCAUGAAGCAUCAACUACUAAGUUUUCUCAACCUGCAGAAAGUGUUUUGAAAAAAGAAUUGGAUCUUCACGAAGAUGUUUUUGAUUUAAAAUAUUUUUCAUCCCGUCAUUCUGUUCUUCCUACAGGCUGGUCAGUACCAAUGGAUCAUUUACCACGAUUAAAAACAAGAUUUGGAAAAGAUACAAACAAUGAUAAAUUUUUUGAUGAAGAUGACACUUUAUUAACAGCAGAAUCUGAAGAAGAACCUUUUUCACAUGGAACACCGAUUUCAUUAGAUGAUAUUGUAGAAGAUAGUGAUUUUUCUAUUACCAAAGAUUCGAGUGAUGAUGAACUUUUGCCUGUAAAUUCAAAUGUAAAAAAAACUUGUCAAAUUUCCCCAAAACAAGAAAAUGGUCCACAUUUAUCUUCUGAUUUGAAUAUUCAUGAAAAUAAAUCGCUAAAGAAUAAAGCUUUCAUUCAUCAAGGAGAAGCAAUUGUAUGUGAAUGGCCCGCUGAUCAUUAUAUAUCUGUCUUUUCAAGUGAAACAGAAAAUGGUUUAAGGAAUAGUAAUCUAUGGGAUGAUGUAAAAAAAUAUGAAGAUCCUCUGCUUGAUCAUCAUGAAACAUCAACAAUCCAUUUAAAUGAUUGUCUGGAUUUAUUUGCAAAGAAAGAACAACUAGGAGAAGAUGAUCUUUGGUAUUGUCCAAAUUGUAAAGAACAUCGACGAGCAACAAAACAACUUGAAAUAUGGAAAUCACCAGACAUUCUUGUUAUUCAUUUGAAAAGAUUUUCAAAUUCGAGAAAUUUAAGAGAUAAAAUAGACGUUCUUGUUGAUUUUCCUUUGAAAGGGCUUGAUCUUUCAGAACGAGUGGCAGAGUAUAAAAAUGGAUUUAAUUUAACUAGCGAUUCUCAAAUAUAUGAUCUUUACGCUGUUAGUAAUCAUUUUGGAGGGUUAGGUGGAGGCCAUUAUACAGCUUAUGUUGCUUUGGAAAAUGGCCAUUUUUAUCAUUUCGACGAUUCUUUAGUCGUACAAGUUCAUGAAUCACAAAUCGUUACACCUGCUGCAUAUCUAUUGUUUUAUCGUAGAAGAACAGAUAAAGUACUUGGGGAAUCAACCAUGAUAAAAAUUACAGAAUAUAUAUCUAAAAUAUCUACUGAAUCAUAUGAUAAAAUGAAUGUUACAUCCUCAUUAAAUAAAGUUUCGGAUUUAAGUAUGUCAGAUGAAAAAUCUAUUUUGGAUCCUCAUAAUAUUUCAAUUCCGAAUACGUUUACCAUGACACAUUGA